AUGGCGGACCCGUACUCCCCCCCGCUCGACACAGAGCGCCACAUCCGCUACUUCACGCGCUGCCUCCGCAGCCUCCUCCCGCACCACUACACCCCCAACGACGGCAACCGCAUGGCGCUGGGCUACUUCAUCCUGUCCGCCCUCGACCUGCUGACCCCGAGCCCGCCCACCGCCGCCCCAGCCACCUCCACCGCGGCGGGCGGCGGCGACCGCGCGCAGUUCCGGCAGUGGAUCCUCUCGUGCCGGCAACCGGGCGGCGGCUUCGCGGGGUCGCCGAGCCUGGCGCUGCCGGCGCGUGCGUGCGAGGGGUGGGACUUUGACGCGCGCGCCGCCGUGCCCGAGCACCUGGAGAUAGCGAGCCUGCCGGCCACGUGCUUUGCGGUCAUGCUGCUGGCGAUGCUGGCCGGCGAGGAGGAGGACGCGGAGGCGGCGUUCGGCGAGGUGGACCGGGUUGGGACGCUGAGGUGGCUGAGGAGGCUGCAAAGGGAGGAUGGGAGUUUUGGGGAGGUCCUCGGGGAGCUGAGGGGUGGUCGUGGGGGUGGUUGGGAGGGGGAGUUUAUUGCUGGGGGGAAGGAUAUGAGGUAUUGUUAUCUUGCGGCUAUGCUGAGGUGGAUGUUGAGGGGGGAUGUCCGGGAGGGCGAGGUUGGUUGGGUGGAGGACAUCGACGUCGAGGGCCUGGUGAGGUACAUUGGAAGAAGUCAGACAUACGAUGGCGGCAUAGCCGAGAGCUCCCAGCAUGAACCACAUGCCGGGUAUGCCUACUGCGCGAUCAGUGCGCUCUCCCUUCUCGAUCGGCCCCUGGAGAACAGUUCAGCCUCGCACGGGAGCAAAGCAAUCGGGGCCGCCAUUGCCGACCUCCCAUCCCUCACCCACUGGCUCGUCUCUCGGCAAUUCGCCUACCUCGACCCGCCCAGCGACGGCGACGAGAAUCCCGAGUCCGAAAACUUCACCGAGCCCUCGUCCCUCGCCGACCUGUCCCUCGACGAGAACCUCCAGCACGUGGGCUUCAACGGCCGCUGCAACAAGGUCGCCGACACAUGCUACUUCUGGUGGGUCGGUGGCGCGCUCUCCAUCAUGGGACAGGGCGACCUGGUAUCCCGGGCACCGUCGCGGCGGUUCCUGUUUGAGAAGACCCAACACAUGAUAGGCGGAUUCGCGAAGCAUCCCGGCGGCCCGCCGGACCUGUACCACGCAUUCUUUGGCCUGGCGGCAUUGGCGACCAUGGGCGAACCGAACUUGAAAGAGUUCGAUGCCGCCUUGGCGGUGAGCGUCGAGACGACGAGGAAGAUCGAGGCAGCGAGGAGGGGCUUGCUGAGGCGGGGAAAGGAGGGAGAAGGCGUGUCCAGUCUCAGGGCUCGAGUGCUGGAUAUGGGUCUCUUGGUGCGUGGAGAGCGGCCAACCUGGAUGGCCGCCGCGGGCGGGUGA